GGGGGAGGGGGAGGAGACGUCCGAACCGCUUGGCAGGGCCUGGCUGGGCCGGGCUGGGCCGAUCAGAGCGCGAGCGGAACCGCGAGUACCAGAGCGGGAGGGAGCCGGAGCCCGAGCCCGAACACUAGCCGCCGCCAUGCGCUGGCUCCGCGCGCUGCUCAAGAACGCGUCCCUGGCCGGGGCGCCCAAGUACAUCGAGCACUUCAGCAAGUUCUCCCCGUCCCCGCUGUCCAUGAAGCAGUUUCUGGACUUCGGUUCCAGCAAUGCCUGUGAGAAGACCUCAUUCACCUUCCUCAGACAGGAGCUGCCAGUCCGCCUGGCCAACAUCAUGAAGGAGAUCAACCUGCUUCCUGACCGGGUGCUGGGCACACCCUCAGUGCAAUUGGUGCAGAGCUGGUAUGUCCAGAGCCUCUUAGACAUCAUGGAAUUCCUGGACAAAGACCCUGAAGACCAUCGUACCCUGAGCCAGUUCACCGAGGCCCUGGUCACUAUCCGGAAUCGCCACAAUGACGUGGUGCCCACAAUGGCACAGGGUGUGCUGGAGUAUAAGGACACCUAUGGCGAUGACCCUGUCUCCAACCAAAACAUCCAGUACUUCCUGGACCGCUUCUACAUCAGCCGCAUCUCCAUCCGCAUGCUCAUCAACCAGCACACCCUGAUCUUUGAGGGCAGCACCAACCCAGCCCACCCCAAACACAUCGGCAGCAUCGACCCCAACUGCAAUGUCUCCGAAGUGGUGAAAGAUGCCUAUGACAUGGCCAAGCUCCUGUGUGACAAGUAUUACAUGGCCUCACCUGAGCUGGAGAUCCAGGAGGUUAAUGCAUCUGAUGCUAAACAGCCAAUUCACAUGGUCUAUGUCCCCUCCCACCUCUACCACAUGCUUUUUGAACUCUUCAAGAAUGCCAUGCGAGCGACCGUGGAAAGCCAUGAAUCCAGCCUCGUCCUCCCACCGAUCAAGGUCAUGGUGGCCUUGGGUGAGGAAGAUCUGUCCAUCAAAAUGAGUGACCGUGGCGGGGGAGUCCCCUUGAGGAAGAUUGAGCGACUCUUCAGCUACAUGUAUUCCACAGCACCCACCCCUCAGCCUGGCACUGGGGGCACCCCCCUGGCUGGCUUUGGGUAUGGGCUUCCCAUCUCUCGCCUCUAUGCCAAGUACUUCCAGGGCGACCUGCAACUCUUCUCCAUGGAGGGCUUUGGGACCGACGCCGUCAUCUAUCUCAAGGCCCUGUCCACGGACUCGGUGGAGCGUUUGCCCGUCUACAACAAGUCAGCCUGGCGCCACUACCAGACCAUCCAGGAGGCCGGUGACUGGUGUGUGCCCAGCACGGAGCCCAAGAACACAUCCACCUACAGAGUCAGCUAGGGGCCACCCCAGACAUGCACCAAAGGGGUGGACUGCUGUUCCAGGCCCAGCCACCACGGUGACUCUCCCCGCCCCCCCCAGGUGGGGAAAGUUCUCGAUGGUGACUAACUUCUGUGUGUGUGGAAAUCACUGCAGUGACCAGUCUGUGGUGGCCCCCAAGUGCCAAUCUCUGUCUCCACGGAGACCUCUGAGGGCAUCUCCCUGGUAUCCAGUCUCUGUGGGCAAUGGCUGAAGAUUGGGGACUUUGCCAUCCUGGUGGGGUGUCCCAGAGACCAGUUUCCAUGGCAGUCCUCCUCUGAGACUAGGCUGCCACCUUUCUGCCUGGGAUCCUGGGCCCCUCCCUCACUGCCCCCCUUGGUCUCGGCCUUCUAGGAGGAUGUCCCUGCUUGCCUUACUCCCCUCAGCUGCACAGACCCCCUCCUUCCCCCCACCCCAGUCCAGGCCUGCUGUCAGGGAGGGGCCGGCCACACCUAGAUCUGGGCUAGUGGGUGAGGAAGGAGGUUGCACCCUUGGACCCCUGGGUGGGGACAUAGUGCUGCAGCCUCUCCCUCACUUAGGGUUGGGGAAGAGGGAGGGAGUUCUCACCUGGGGCUUCCCCAGCCUGGAAGAACUUGGAAAGACCCAGAGAGGUCAUCUGUCUAUUCUCGCAGCUCAAAGGCCCAGCAAGGACCCCAGAGUAUUACUGCCACCACUCCACCUUUCUCCCGCAUGUCCUCAUGUGCUCGUCUCACACCCACAUGUCCUGCCUGAGCGCCAGACUCAAUCCCCACUGAGCCUGCACAAGUGUGUGCUCAGGGUGUCCUCCAACCUCCUGUGCUCUGUGUGCAUAGCUAGUUUUACAGCCCUGGAUGCCCCCGCCCUUCCCCAUAGCACACAGGGUUAAAGCUGUGUGUUCCUCCCAGCGGUUGUGCCAGUGACAGUGACAUCCACAGUAAAGAGGAGAUUCAAUGAGA